AUGGGUGCAAAUAUUCCUAAAGAUACCACCCACUCGUUUUCGAGUGAGGAAACGGUCUCGGUGGAAAAAACAAACUCGGGUGCUCAAAAGCCCCAGGAGUCGCUCUCCGCGACCCAAAAACUAUGGAAACACAUCGACACUAGGCUAAUAACGGGCUUCACUCCAGCAUACUAUGCGUCGGUGAUGGGUACCGGUAUUUCCGCCAACAUUCUCUACAACUUUGUGUUUCCAGCACGGUGGCUCCAGGUGUGCGGCAGAAUCAUGGCCGUCAUCUCGCUCACGUUGUUUGUAGUUCUUCUGGUGCUGUUUGUGACCGCGCUAUUCCGUAACAGACUGCUUCUUCACAAGGUGCAUUGUGACACGGCGAUGGCUCCAUUUAUGGGCUGCAUGGUCAUGGGCUACACGUCGUUGGUGAUGUUUCUCGAUGCCGCCACAGAUAAGCUGUGGGGAAUGGCGUUGUUUGUUCUAUGGUGGAUAGCUAGUGUGAUGUCUUUCUAUACUGGAUUCGUUACAUUUUUCGCCUCCACCAUCGGUAAACACAGAAAGACCGCCAACGCGUUGGACCCGGCCAACAUCAGCAUGCUGUUUCUCUUGCCAGUCGUUACCCUUACUGUGUCUCUGUCCUGUGGUGGGCUUUUGGUCCCUAAGCUCGACUCGACGCAGUUGAAAAUCAUCACCAUGAUCAUCUGCUUCAUUAUGUGGGCCGUGGCCGUUAUUCUCGCCUUUAUUGUUGUUCUGGUCAACUUCUGGCGCCUAUUCGUUCACAAGAUCCCACCCUCGGCACAAGUCAUGACCAUGUUUUUGCCCAUCGGUUUCUUGGGCCAGGGUGCCUUGGCCAUUCUUCUCUUUGGCCGGAACUGCUUCACGGUGUUGCUUCAGAAUAAGGAUACUGCUUCUACCUCGUCGUAUCUAUAUUUCAUGACUCACACUGCCCAGAGCAACAAUGUCGAUGUUUCCGAUAUUUCCAUGAUGCUUGCGACCUCGAUCAUGAUGGUUUGUACCAUAAAUGCGUUGGCGCUCAUCUCGUUCGGCUUCUUCUUCACCUUUGUUGCCAUCGCUUCUACUCUAGCCAAAAUGGCUCCUUUUGCGCAGAAACGCAACGCGGCCGCCAUGUAUUCACCAAAAAGCGAAAGCAAAUUCAAAGGAAUGUUUUCCGGUUUCAUUCGCUUCCAUCGUGGGUUCUGGGCCAUGACAUUUCCUCUAGGAACCAUGGCCACCUCCAACGGGCAGCUCUACUCAUUAUUUCAUGGCUUUGAGGCUUUCCGCUACAUUAGUGCCAUCUAUGCAUGUCUUCUCUUCAUCAUCACCAUCGGCUGUCUUUGCGGUGUCGUUUAUCGGUGCAUCGCUAUCGUUGCCGAUGUUUCUCACACCAAACCUGAGGAGUCUCAGGUCUAA